AUGCCGGAUCUCUACAUGACUCGUCCUCGUAACUUCGGGCCUGGCUCUCGUCAGUGCCGUGUGUGCUCCAACCAGCACGGUCUUAUCCGCAAGUACGGCCUUAUGAUGUGCCGUCAAUGCUUCAGGGAGAAGGCCAACGAUAUUGGAUUCCACAAGUACCGAUAAACAUCGAGACGGACUGGUAUCACAGUUGAUAGAGCUCAAGUUGGCUAGAAAGCGAUAUCCUCUUG